AUGCGGCACUGCACCAUGCGCCACUGCACCAUGCGUCACUGCACCAUGCGCCACUGCACCAGCUGCAGCCCAACACCGCAGACACCAGCGAAGGAGCGUUCUAGCACACGGUUGUUUAACAGAGUACCGUGUCCAACCGGAAGACAGGGGCCGGAAGACAGGGGCCGGAAGACAGGGGCCGGAAGACAAGGCCGGAAGACAGGGGCCGGAAGACAGGGGCCGGAAGACAGGGGCCGGAAGACAGGGCCGGAGGAGGACCCAGAGCCGUCCUUAUGA